AUGCCUAAACCAUUUCAAAUUAGUCGCCCCAAGCCCAUCAACGUGCCAUGGCUAACACCAUUGACCCCUUGGCAAAAGUUUCGUCGCAACCCUACAAAGUUCACAUCUCAUUGGCUGUAUAAUCGACAGUCUCUCGACCGAGAAUUCGAGAAGAACGAAAAUGAAAGCCACUCAGCCGUCACUGUUGUCUGCAUUUCCGACACGCAUUGCACGCAGCCUGUUGUGCCUGACGGUGACAUUCUCCUCCACGCUGGCGACUUGACCAACAAAGGCUCCUUCGAGGAGCUUCAAGCUCAACUCAACUGGAUCAAUACUCUACCGCAUAAAUACAAAAUCGUCAUUGGAGGCAACCAUGAUUCGUUACUAGAUCCGGCCUAUGUCGCGCGGUUUCCAGAGCGUCUUCACGAGGAACCAGGAACAAGCCACUCUGACUUGGAUUGGGGCGGCAUCAUAUAUCUUUGCAACACCUCUGUCACGUUAACAAUGGACGAGGGCCGCACCAUAUCAGUAUAUGGUUCGCCUUGGACACCGCAAUUCGGUACAUUUGCGUUUCAAUAUCCGCCAAUCAGGGAGGUUUGGCCCAACACCAUCCCCGACGACACCGAUAUUGUUGUCACCCAUGGACCACCGCUGGGCCAUUUGGACUUGGAGGGAAAGGGAUGUCCUCAAUUAUUACAUGAAGUAAAGCGCGUGCGACCGAAACUUGUUGUAUUUGGGCAUAUCCAUGCAGGACGCGGCCGGGACGUGAUUACCUAUGAUGGCUUUGGAACCGCAUACGACGGCGUCAUGACGGGAGCAUCUGGGUUCGGAGCAGUUGUGCUGAUGCCAGCCUUUUUGGCCCGGAGAUGGGUUUCUUCAUGUUUCGCAAGGCUCACUACAUUAACAAAUAAGAAUUCGAAUCCAACGCUGUUGGUGAACGCUGCUGUCGUCGGCGGUCUGCGUAAUGAUGAAACGCAUCCAGCAACCUCGCUACAGCUAUAA